AUGAACAUUUUGAAUGAAAUCAAGAAAUAGGUGGAAAUAGAAAUGAAAAAGAUUAAGAAGGUACCAGCAUCUAAUAAGACGAUAUCUUCUGAAUAAAAAAAGGAAUUAGUUGAUAUGCUGAGCCAGGGAAUGCAAUUAAAAGAGGCAGCAAAAAAAUUAAAUCUGACUUAUCAUGAGGCCAAAAUAGCAUAUAACGAAUAAAAGAGAAAAUCUAUGAAUACUUAAAGUGAAACUGAAUCUGCAGUAUAUAACAUACGUACUGCUGGAGUUAGUGCUUUGAAAUGGUUUCCUAGACACUUUUUAUUGUAGCAAAGUGUCAAUAAUAACUUGGUAUCUGUUAGAAGGCUAUAUAAUAUAUUGGUUUUGAACCCAAAAUAAUAAUGA